AUGUAGACAGAGACAUCUGAUUCACAAUUAGAAUAGAUAUACCAAAGCCUUUGUAGAGAUGAUAGAUUUUGUUAUGACUUAAGAAUGCAAUUCGAGAAAAUUUUAAAAGUUGAACAGGAGAGACAUCGUGUUUAUAAUGAUUUUGCAAUCUUUCUAAGUGGACUAGCUAAGGAACCAUUCUAAAAUACAAUAUCUAUAAUUGAAAUGCUUGAUGAACUUGCAAAGUGUAUUUAAGAAGUUAAUUAAAAAUACUUGGAUAAAUACAAUGAAGACUAGGAUAAAGGACUUAUUAAAUUGUUAAAAUGCAAAAUAAUACCUAGUUUAAUAGAUGGAUAGAAAUUAGUUGAAGUUUAAAAGAAGGCAUUAAAUGAAUAUAAAGAGAAAGCUUCAAGAUUAAAGAAAUUAGAGUAAAAGAAAAAUGAAUAUAUAAUGAAAAAUGAUGAUAAAUUGCUUAACUUAGAAAAAUAACUUUAAGAGGCGAAGAGAGAGAAAAUGGAAAAAGUAUAAACUUUUAAUUUUACAUUUUAAAACUACGUAGAAGAUAAAAAUGAUGAAUUAAAAGGUUUAUUCAAACACUUUCUUAAUAGGCUUCUUGUGAUAUCUUCAGCAGGACUUCAGAAUUACUCAUUUGCUAUUAAUAAGGUUCAUAUAACAAAUGAAAUUAAAGAAAUUGAGUAUUUAUUAGGGGAGUUGGGUAUUAUACGGAAAAAGAAAAAAUGA